CCGGGCUUUUCCUUCGGCUUCGCCAAAUCUACACCUCCACAAGUUAUAUCAUUAUUUAUAUUAUUAUUUUUUUUCUAAUAUUUAGUUCUACUUUUUUUUUUUAAUUUUUUAUAUAUUCACUCUAAUCUAAUUGUACGAAAAAUUAAUAUUCUGUUUUGGCAGCAGUGAUCCAUCUGAUUUUCAAGAUGGAUAGCAUGAAGUCAACAAAAGGAAGUGUUCAAAGAAUAAAGCAAUGUGCAAAUGAUUUGAUGGUGUUAAUGGAGGAAGAAAUAGUUGUUCAUAAAGAAGAAGAAGAAGAAGAAGAAGAAGAAGAAGUAAAAGAAGAAGAUGGUGAGAUAUGUUGGGACUUGAUGGGAAGAGAUCUUAUUCUCAAAUCAACAUUCUUGUUUUGUGAUCUCACCAAUGUUCUUUCGAAUGCUCCUCUUCACCAUAAGGCCAAUCUCACUCUUCUUGCUAACAACUUCCUCUUCUACAUUGAUGAGUUAGGGCAAACAGUGAAGAAGAGAAGCAUAACAGGGAUGAAGAUAUGUCAUCAAGAUGCAGCUUUGGCAUUGAACCAACUUAUGGAUGCUCUCAUGUUGCUUCCAUAAACAAAGACAUCAUCAACAUCAACAUCAUCAUACAUUAUGUAUGUAGCCCUGCUUAAUUAGAAUAAUCAAUCAAGCAAAAAAAUAAAAAAAAUUAAUGUUAAAAAAAAAGGCAAAAACAAGAGAAAAUUGAAUUAUGCUCCAAUCAUGCAAGGCUAUGUGGUUGUCUUAUACAUCUUGUUGUGAUCCAUGUGUGUUGUACAUAUUCUUCAUUCUAUAUAAGAAUAUUUUAAGAAAAAUUCAAUUCAUCAACAUGUUAAUGUUGCGUCAACCAUUGGAUAGCCCAAUGGUAUG